UGUGUGGACGCGGAUCCUGCCCGAAGCCGGGCGGAGGAGAGCUGAAGCUAAGGGUGAUCAGCCCAUGACCUAGACCUCUAGACAAAAUAAAACAGGGAAAAUUUGCUAGAAUCAAGAAUGAUGGAUCCAUGUUCAGUUGGAGUCCAGCUUCGUACUACAAAUGAGUGCCAUAAAACCUACUAUACUCGUCACACAGGUUUUAAGACUUUGCAAGAAUUGUCAUCAAAUGAUAUGCUUUUACUUCAACUUAGAACUGGAAUGACACUUUCUGGGAACAAUACAAUUUGCUUUCAUCAUGUAAAAAUUUACAUUGACAGAUUUGAGGAUUUACAGAAGUCGUGUUGUGACCCAUUUAACAUACACAAAAAAUUAGCCAAAAAAAAUUUGCAUGUAAUUGACUUAGAUGAUGCCACUUUUCUGAGUGCAAAAUUCGGAAGACAGCUUGUACCUGGUUGGAAGCUUUGUCCAAAAUGCACACAGAUAAUCAAUGGAAGUGUGGAUGUUGAUACUGAAGACCGCCAGAAAAGGAAACCUGAGUCAGAUGGAAGAACUGCUAAAGCUUUGAGGUCACUACAAUUUACAAAUCCAGGAAGGCAAACUGAAUUUGCUCCAGAAACUGGUAAAAGAGAAAAAAGAAGGCUUACAAAAAAUGCAACCGCUGGUUCAGACAGACAAGUGAUACCAGCAAAGAGUAAGGUCUAUGAUAGCCAAGGUCUCCUGAUUUUUAGUGGGAUGGACCUCUGUGACUGCCUUGAUGAAGAUUGCUUAGGAUGUUUCUAUGCUUGUCCUGCCUGUGGUUCUACCAAGUGUGGAGCUGAAUGCCGCUGUGACCGCAAGUGGCUGUAUGAGCAAAUUGAAAUUGAAGGAGGAGAAAUAAUUCAUAAUAAACAUGCUGGAUAAUCUGUGGUACCAAACUGUGGGGCCUUUAAAGGUCAUUAUUUCUAAAAUUCUGUUACUCUUAAGAUAUAUUUUAAGCUUGAUUGUCAUAUGACAAAGAUUUUAAAACCACCUCAGUGUGCCCUGAUUUUUCAUCUUGGGUGCUUUAAGAUUCACUAUUUGAUAUAAAUUCAGAUAGGCUAUUUUUCAGCCUAUUAAGCCUGUCUGGAUCAAUGUUAACAAGUAGGGUGUAGACAGUCCUCUAUUUGCAUGUUUCCCGUGGUCACAAAUUUCAUUGACCUAGAUUUCAUUUAAAUACCAGUUUCCUUACCGGGAAGGAAAAGAAACUGGUAAGGAAACUGUUGUUAAAAUCUAGGUUAAAAUUUUAGUUAGCGCAGUAUAACUCUUGAGUAAUUACAUGAAGUACAAACUUCUCUGCUAGUUCUUCAGUCUACAAAUCACUAUGUAAAUAACAGAUAUACUUCAUGAUUAAUAACCAGUCAUGUUGACUACUUUCAGAUUCUUCCAGUGGUUUGUCCCUGUGUAUCUGUUAUUCAGUUCACUUAUAGCAGGGCACAUAGUUAUGCUGUCACUUUGUCAUCCACUUGACAUUUUAUAGAAGUGAACACUCAAAAGAGCUGGCCAACAAAGAUGAAAGUGCAGCAAAGCAAUAAAAAAUGAUAACACUGGAAGUGAAAUUUUAAUCAAACAUAAAUGAAUUUGUAGAAGAAGUCACUGACCAUGGGAAUAUUGUUCUUGCUGCUGUGCAUUCAUAGGAGCUUAAUGAAGGCAAACUUAUCAACACAAAUAAGAAAAGUGGUUGCAAUAAAGACAAAUAUGUCCCAGAGGAAG